AAAAGUGUUAAACCUCACAACAUCAUUUAUGAUUUAACACACUUCCUUCCCACACACUGAGACUGAGUGUUAUUGCAACCCCACCCCACCCUAAGUAUUGAAUUUAAUAUUGAGUUGGCAAGUAGAACUUCAUCAUUCACACCACCAAAACCUUUGCCCAUCUCACCCAACAGAGGGUCAAGAUCAUUCCAGGUGUCACACCCAUAUCAAAAGGAACCCGAAUUUCCCUCACUUUUUUCUACCCCUAAUUAAACCUUCUUAUAAAUAUACAACCUGCCCCAUGCAAAUACACCAACCUCCUCUCUCUCCCUAAAAAAACCAUCCAUGGAAAACCGCCGGCUAAAGAGCACCUCCGGCGACACAUUCUCCUUUCCGAGCACUCCGAUCCACGAGCAAGACUCCGAUUUCGAAUUCGGAUGCUUCACCCCUGACUCAGCCUCCAGCACUGAUCCCUGCAAAGACUCCCCUGCAGACCAUUUGUUCUUCAAUGGCAGGCUCUUACCACAUGCCUUCCCAUUUCAACCAAUUAGCAACGGUUUUAUGGGUGUCGAUAGUAAUUCUCGGAGAACAAGCCGGACGAGCAGCAUUAGCAGCAAGGACUCUCUCAUGUCCUCAAGAAGCAAUAGCACCAACAGCAGGAGCAGCAGCUGCAGCAGCAGCGCAAGGACAAGCUCAAGCGACAACUCUGAGAGGAAAUUGGUGCACCAAAACAAAUUGGGUUCUAGAGCUUCAUCAGAUAGAUACAAAGGAAACAGAGCUAAUAAUCUCGGAGGUGGACAAGUUUAUGGUUCUUCUCAGAGAUGGCAAUUCAUAACAGCUGUGCCUGUACCGGCUUCUUUAAGCCGUGACAAUUCUCGGAAGAAGGCGAAAGUGGAUCAGCUUGAAGGGAAGGAGAAACCCAUCAAAGGGAAGAGAAAAGGCCGGGUGAAGACGGUGGUGGUCCGCCGGAGUUUUGGCCGGAGGUUUUUCCGGUGGCUUGUUUGGACCUGCAGAAAGUGUCACGCAAUGGAACCGUCCAACAAAAGUAGUGAUCAUGUAAUUAAUUAAAGCUGCGAAUUGAUAAAUGUGAAGUGAAAAAUGAUUUUUUUUAAAACUUGUUUAUCAAGUUUUGUAAUUUGUUCAUGGGUUUGAGGUUAGUAUUUUGAAGUUUGCUUUGAAAGUAGAUAACUGGCUUUAUAC